AUGACAGUCGCUUCUUUGACCCAUCUCAUGAUUAAAAGAGACCUUGGCUCAAACAAAUACUCUUUAAAAGCUUUACUUGUAGGUGAUAUGCCAACAAAAAUUGAUAAUAAAAAUAUGAUAAUUAGUAUGCUAGUUGAAGAUUAUACUGGACAAAAUU